AUGCCUCUACGAUCGCAGCGGGCCUCCGAUUCUUGGCCCUCUAACCCAUGGCCGCCGAGGGCCAAACCUGGCCCACCAUCGUAUUAUACGCUACCCGAGAAUUUUCAUAUCCCAGACUAUCGGCAGAAGGGAGGUGUCGAGCUGAAUAGACCGUAUCCGGAGCAACCUCAACCCCCUCGCGGUCUCUUCCCCGGCCAGAUCAGCGACUUCAACGCGCCCUACCCACCCGCACUAAGGUUCCAGAAUGGCCCAAUUCCACCGCCACCCCGUGGACAGUUCAAUCGACAGCCAAUAGUACCCGGCGCCCGCCCAGUCGCCAUCUACUUUCCCGACGCAGCCGAUCACACGACCUUCGAGACAACAACCCCGGCCACAAACUACAACCCUGGCCCACAGGCUACGAAAGGCUACGAGGCGCCCACUCCCGGGGGUUACGAAAGCAACAAUAACCCGACGACGACCGAGCCGCGUCCGCCAAGUGCCGUCCCGGAAGCCGGGAAUGUUUAUGAGGCACCCGCCGAGACUACGACGAUUCCUCCACACACAAUUGCCACCCCAGGCCCUCCAGCCGCCUCACCCUACGACUACAGUACCCCCGUUCCGCCACAGUACUCCGAACAGCCUACAGUAGCCACCCCGGCUCCGCGACUGGACUAUGGACAAGAUACGGUAGCCCCGUACGCGCCGCAGACGCCUGGCAAGCAGCAAUGGCCUACGCUUGCUACGCCGACCACGAGCGGAAAAUAUCAACCCAAGCCUGAGCAACCGGAAGCGCCGUCUUCCCCGGAUUAUCCGGGACCGGAACCGUAUCUGGAGCCGAGAGAGGAGGUUUCGCUGUACAACCCGAAGUCGCCGGGCAAUCGCCACCCGACGCUCGUCAUCAGCAAGGUCGCCCGCGAGGAGUCGACGACGUUCCGCCGCCCCGCCUCGCAACUGCCCAGGACCAAUUUCCAGCCUCCUCCAUCUGCCAUCACCCUUCCAACCGGUGCCCCCACGAGGUUUACGAUCCCUACGCGAGACUACGCAGUGACGCCCGGUUACCCGUCGGUUGGAGAUGAGUUCCCGAGAAAUGAGCAGGAUCGCCACGAGGAUCUGAUCCCGCCGCCGAAUCAGGGAUUUUCUGAGAGCCCCGCCCCUCCCACUACGCCACAAUCCACCGAACGCCCCUACCAGACGACGCCGCAGCCUUUCCAGGCACGCCAGGCGAAGGUGAUGUGUGUCCCGGAAGGCGUCCAAUUCUCCAUCCAAACCGUCUUCCCAUUCCACGGACAGAUUUUUGCCACGAAUCGCGAGACAAACCCGAAAUGCCUGCACACUUUUGAGGGAGACCGCGAGGCCAGCGUCUUCCUACCGUAUCAGGAAUGCGGGGUGCGGAACGAGAACGACAACCCGUUGGAUGCACAGUAUCAUCUACAGAUCGCCGUCAUGUUCAACCAGCAGAACGGCAGCACGGACAUUCAAUCGUUUAUGGCACAGUGCGAGCAGCAGCGCGUCUUCUACAACAAGCAGAAGCUGCCCAAGAGGAUCGAGGAGGCGUUGGAGGAACUUCACCUCGUCCCCAGCCGCAUCGAACAGAAGGCGCCGGUGCCGGACGUCGAGAUGAGGAUCCUCAUCGACAACCAUCACGACCUGGGCGACGAGGUCAGCACCGCCGAGUUGGGCACACAUUUGGCGAUAGAGUGGCGGCUGGUGCCAGAGUCUGACGCGUACGGUUUCCACGUGCGUAAAUGCGUGGUGCGUGACUCGAUUGACGGCAGAGAGGUGGAAGUGGUCGAUGCAAAGGGGUGUUCAUCGGAUCUUCUCGUACUCCACCACCCCCAUUACGACACCUAUCACGAUGUGGCCACCGCAAAGUUGUGGGCGUUUAAGAUCCCCGACCACUCGAGCCUCACGAUGAGAUGCGACAUCCUCAUCUGCUCCAACGUGCCGAUAAGCGGAACAAAUGUUUCGAGCUGUGCCAAUGUGCCUACGCCUCCAUUUUGCCCAGAUCUGAUCACCUCAGCCCCAAAUUCGAUUUCGUUCGACCAGGGCCACAGUUUCCGGAAGCGUCAUUUGGAGCAGGAUGAAACAGACAUCAUCACCGGAAGCCGGACGAUCAGCGUCCGCUCGGCGUACUGUAUCGGAGAGGGCUGUGCGGGAACCCCGAAAGAGCGCUACCCGUUCUGCUUGGAUCCGUGGUGGGCGGCCAUCUCAACCGGUUUCACCUUUUCCGCAUUCGCCAUCUCCCUCACGGCCAACACGGCUGUCCGGUGGAUCAAC